GAUCCAUAAAAGUUCAAAACUUGAUCGAGCUUAAGCCAGCGCAGCAGAGAGAUCUAAAAGAUCGAGAAGAACAUGGGCAAUAGUUUAAGGUGUUGUUUGGCUUGUCUUCUUCCUUGUGGAGCUUUGGAUUUGAUCCGAAUUGUUCAUUUGAAUGGCUAUGUCGAAGAGAUUACAGGUCCUAUCACAGCCGGACAAAUCCUUAAGGCUAACCCUAAUCAUGUUCUCAGCAAACCCACCUCCCAGGGAGUUGUUCGUUGCAUUUUGAUCCUCUCGCCGGAGACUGAGCUCAAGAGAGGCGGCAUCUAUUUCUUGAUACCGUCGUCGUCAGUGCCGGAGAAGACCAAGCAGAGUGGUCGUAAAAAUGCUUCAUCUAGGAAGAGCAAGGAGCGUGCCGGCGGCGACGACGCUGAUGAUGAUUCCUCUUCACAACAAUGCAACAGAUCAUAUGGGAAAGAAGUGGCCGACGACGUAUUAGUCUCUGCCGGCGAAAAGAAACCUUCACGUAGGGAUCGCCGGCGCAGCCGUUCCGGCAUAUGGCGGCCGUAUUUAGAGAGCAUCUCCGAGGACUAG